AUGGGUGCUGGAAACUCUAAGCCCGAGGCCACGGCCAGCUCACAACAUGUGUUCUCCAGCAAUUCUCCCGUGCAAUUCUCCUCCAACCUAGUUGAUGCGCUCCAGUCGAACUCGGAGACCGACUCCACCCGCGCCAAAGCCCUCGAGCUGGAGAUCCAAAACCGCGUCGCACAGGAGCUGCAGCGUCUCCGCGAACGCGAGCAGCAAACCCUCGCUCAGAUCGAGAAGCGCAUCGCCGAGUCUAAAGACACCACCUCUCUGCCCAUCACCGCAGCGACUGCUCCCCUCGCCCCCUCGUCCUCCGGUUACCCCGAGGGCUCUCUGAACCUGGACGCACCUCGCAUCCCCUUCGCUGGGCGUCACCACGACCCCGUUCCUACAUACGCUGCUCCCCAGGAGUCCGCUGCGCCCGCUGCGCCGGUCAAGCGUGAUGUCUCUCGGGACUCUGUCGCUGCUGAGGUCGAGCAGCUGCGGACUAAGCUUGAUGGACGGAGGAAGCUGACUGAGCUUGAUGAUGGCGUUGCUAAGGCUCGUUCGGAUGUUACUAGCUGCUUGCAGUUGAAUGAUCGUCGACCUUUGAACUGCUGGGAGGAGGUUGAUGCUUUCAAGCGUGAGGUUGCGCGUCUGGAGGCUGCUUUCGUGGAUCGCAUUGUGGGUUAA